GAAGGUAUCCCCGCUCAAUGGCCAUGGACGUGGUUUCGUUAUCUGCGGGGUUCAUUUCGCCCAGGUAUAUCUACCCUUGAGCAAGCUGCGCGUAUUUCAGAAUUGAUGCUUCUUCUCUCAUCAGUCUCUUUGGAUUGCAAUUGAGUACCGAAAGCAAUGACUAUCCCAGAAGAGGUUGACAUUAUCAUCUGCGGCGGUGGCAGCUCUGGCUGCGUGCCAGCUGGCCGACUCGCCAACCUCGAUCAUAAUCUUCAGGUUCUAGUCAUUGAAGCUGGCGAAGACAACCUGAACAACCCAUGGGUCUAUCGUCCAGGAAUCUAUCCCCGGAACAUGAAGCUUGACUCAAAGACGGCAUCGUUCUACUAUUCUCGACCUUCAGAAUGGCUCGAUGGACGGAGAGCUAUUGUUCCGUGUGCCCAUGUUCUGGGUGGAGGUAGUUCGAUCAACUUCAUGAUGUAUACCCGGGCGUCUGCAUCAGACUACGAUGACUUUCAAGCCAAGGGCUGGACGACCAAGGAGCUUCUCCCUCUCAUGAAGAAGCACGAAACGUACCAGCGUGCUUGCAAUAACCGGGACCUUCAUGGCUUUGAUGGCCCUAUUAAGGUUUCUUUUGGAAACUACACGUACCCUAUCAUGCAAGACUUUCUUCGCGCUGCUGAGUCUCAGGAUAUUCCCGUCACGGAUGAUCUGCAGGACCUGAAGACUGGUCACGGUGCUGAGCAUUGGCUGAAAUGGAUCAAUCGUGAUACAGGCCGCCGCAGUGAUGCUGCUCAUGCAUACAUCCACAGCACUCGAAGCAAGCACUCCAAUCUUCAUUUGAAGUGCAACACCAAGGUAGACAAGGUCAUUAUUGAAAAUGGCAGGGCAGUCGGCGUUGCGACUGUCCCGACCAAACCCUUGGGAGGCAGCAAUCCUCCACGUAAGAUCUUCCGAGCCCGCAAACAAAUCAUCGUCAGUGGUGGUACUAUGAGCUCGCCUCUUAUCCUGCAGCGAUCUGGAGUCGGUGACCCCGAGAAGCUUCGCCGAGCCGGAAUCAAACCCAUCGUGGAUCUUCCCGGUGUUGGUCUUAACUUCCAAGAUCAUUACCUUACCUUUUCUGUCUUUAGGGCCAAACCAGACGUCGAGUCUUUUGAUGACUUUGUCCGAGGAGACCCUGAAGUUCAGAAGAAGGUAUACGAGGAAUGGAACCUCAAAGGAACAGGACCGUUGGCCACGAAUGGUAUCGAUGCAGGUGUGAAGAUCAGACCAACCCAGGAAGAGCUCGAGGAGAUGAAGAGCUGGCCUACGUCUGAAUUCAUCAGUGGCUGGGAAAGCUACUUUAAGAACAAGCCUGACAAGCCUGUUAUGCACUACUCUGUGAUUUCCGGUUGGUUCGGAGACCACAUGCUUAUGCCCCCGGGCAAAUUCUUCACUAUGUUCCAUUUCCUGGAAUACCCCUUCUCUCGCGGAUUCACCCACAUCCAAUCCCCCGAUCCCUACGAAACCCCCGACUUUGACGCAGGCUUCAUGAAUGACAAGCGCGACAUGGCCCCCAUGGUCUGGGGAUACAUCAAGUCCCGAGAGACAGCGCGUCGGAUGAGCUCGUACGCCGGCGAAGUAACCGGCAUGCACCCUCAUUUCAACUACGAUUCCCCAGCUCGUGCAUUUGACCUUGAUCUCGCGACGACAAAAGCAUACGCUGGUCCGAACCACAUCUCGGCUGGUAUUCAGCAUGGUUCAUGGUCUUCUGCUAUCGAACCGGGACAGUCACCCGCGACGGCCUUCCUCAAUUCCAACAAACAGGAAACCCGAGCGCCGAUCAAAUACAGCAAGAAGGAUAUCGAACAUAUUGAGAAAUGGGUCCAACGCCACGUCGAAACAACCUGGCACUCCCUCGGAACAUGCAGCAUGGCACCCAGAGAGGGUAACUCGAUCGUCAAGCACGGUGUAGUCGAUGAGCGUCUCAACGUCCACGGCGUCAAGGGACUCAAGGUGUGCGAUUUGUCGAUUUGUCCUGAUAAUGUGGGCUGUAAUACUUUUAGCACGGCCCUGCUUAUCGGUGAGAAAUGCGCAGUUCUCACGGCGGAGGAUUUGGGAUACUCGGGUGCUGCGUUGGAUAUGAAGGUUCCUACUUACCAUGCGCCCGGGGAGGUAGUUAACUUGUCGCGUUUGUAGGUGCAUGUUCAUGGACUAGUUAAGCGGUUUUAUAUUCAGUGAUUGAACAUUGAG